UGUAAAACUAUGCUCUAUGGUGGUUCUUAAUGUUGGUGCACGGUGUGCAUGUUAAUAGUGUGGGAUGGUGGACACAAUGGAAUACAAGUCCAUUUCACGGACAUCAAAGAUUUGGUGCAGCAGAACUCCAUACACGGCAAUGUAAUCGAUGCGUACGCUGCAAUGUUGACUGAAAUGCAUAAGAUGGUAUCUGGAAGGGCAGAAUAUGUUGGGGCAUCGUACAUUUACACUAGUGUUUGUUCGGAUAUGAUGCGAAACAGUAGUGCUGUUUCCCGAGCGAAGUAUUUGAAUGUUCACAUGAAGGCUGCACGAGGUUGCAGAUACACAGUAAUCCCAAUCUACAAUGCCAACCAUUGGACAGUCAUGGCGUGCGAUUCAGAAAGUGGGAAUUGGAAACAUUACAACUCGAUGCGGCCAAGACGUGGAGUGCGCGAUGAGCACUACAAUGAGGCUCUAAAAGUGAAACAAUGGGUGGCUGAUCACCACAACAAAUUUGUGAAGCCUCGAGUUACACCUGCAGCUGUUGGCGCACAGCUGUUUGAUGGCAGUUUUGUAUCUGUUGUGGAUUGCCCACAACAAGUUCCAGAGUCGUCGGAUUGUGGGAUUUUCGUGUGCUUCAUAAUCAGGCAGUACAUUCGUGGUGCAGAAGUGAAUACUUCGAUGGAUGGGCUAACCCCAACUGGGCUACGAGCUGCAAUGGUGGAAAUGUUCUUAAGUGACCCGGGCAGUGGACUCCGUGGGAGGACAUUAUAACAAGUUGAGAAGACAUUUCCCAGUGCGCAAGUUGCAACAACAGCAU